AUGCCGCUUUCGUUUGAUUGGCCAUUUCCAGAAAGACCAUCAAUAUUUUAUAAGGCAAUUUCGACUUUAACGAUUGGCCUUGUUGGAUCAUUUAGCAAAUUUUGGAUGAAAUGUGCAACUUCAUUACGAAUUGAAAAUGGUGAAAUUCUUCGCAAUGCUGUACUAAAUCGAGAUCCAGACCGACCAUUAAUUACCGUAGCUAAUCAUCAUUCGUGUAUGGAUGAUCCAUUAUUGUUCGGAGCUACAAUGCCACUUCGUGUUUUUUGGAAUCGUCGUCGAAUGCGUUGGUCUUUAGGUGCUGAUGAUAUUGUAUUUACAAUGAGAAAGCAUCAAAUGUUUUUCAGUUUGGGUAAAACAAUACCAGUGACACGAGGUGAUGGUGUUUAUCAACGACCUAUGGAUUUUGCUCUCGAACAAGUUAAUCAAGGUGGAUGGAUGCAUAUCUUUCCUGAAGGAAAAGUUAAUUUAACGAAAGAACCCAUAAGACUUAAGUGGGGUGUUGGCCGACUUAUUGCCGAAGCUGAUAUUUGUCCAUUGGUUGUUCCAUUUUAUCAUCUCGGAAUGGAUUCAGUAUUGCCCAAUCAAGAGCCUUAUAUUCCUCACAUAGGGGAAAAAGUGAGCAUUUAUGUUGGUAAACCAUUAAUCUUCGAUGGACUUGUACAAAAAAUGAAAAAAGAAAAUCGAUCAUUGGAAGAAAUACGUAAAGCAGUAACUGAUAUAAUUCAAGAUGAAUUAUAUAAACUUAAAAUAAAAUGUGAAGAACUACAUCGACAACAUCUAGCCAAUGAUUCUUCUUCGUCAAGAGCAUAA